GGACGCUCCCGCGCCUGAGGGACCGUGGUCCGUGUGUCCCUCAUGCAGCUGAGCGCUGCGAAUCGAGCUGCGGCGUGUGCCCGCAGGUCUAGCUCCGAACGUAUCCCAGAAGCAGAGGAGGGGCGGCUGGGAAUGUGGGGUCCCAGCCGGAGCUCCUGGAAGGGUGCGCCCGAGGGAGCGGCCCGGAGCGCCCCCAGUGGGCUGUUCUGAGGGGGCCCGAAGGGGAAGAGGUGGGAGCCCCGUGCCCGGCCCCUGCAGCAGGGCUCACAUUGGCUCCCUUGCUUGUGCCUCCCACCACCUGCCCGCCGGCCUCUGCUGGGGGAGGGGGGAGCGGUCUGGAAGGGGACCAGCGCUGGCCAGUACUGUUGCCGGGACACCGAGGGACGCCUUUGUCGCUGUCAACAAUGGCCCCACAGGCCUUCUAGGCAUGAGCCCCUGGGGACCCAGAGGCAGACAUGCAGACCCUGCGGCGGGAGGCUGCCCGGCCCUAUGUCCCCCGGGGGACCCUCGAAACAGAUUUCCCAGCACCUCUGUUCAGCGAUGACUAUCUGUCCCUGGAGGGUCCCCGCUGGACACCCGCCAUCAGGCAGGCAGUGCGCUGGAAGUACGCCCCCAUGGGACGCGACGCCGCGGGCCAGCCGUGGUACACCGGCCUGACCAACUCUGAGUCUCGGGAAGCCUGGUACACGCUCCCGCGGGCCCUGGACAGCCCAUACCGGGAGGCCUAUACCCGCUGGCUCGGCUGUCACAGCCACCGGGAGCGAAGCAUGCCCUCCGGUGAGUGCUUGGCCCGGCCUGCCCCUCCCAGCCCCAAGGGGAGGGCCAGGGCCACUGGUGACCUACCCAGCCCCUUCCCCCUACAGCCUACACCCAGCGCCUCCGGGAGACCUCCUGGUGCGACCCCGUCCUCCCCGCCCAGUACAGGGUCCCCAGCACGCGGUGGGGGAGCGCGCUGUGGACAGACAGACCCUUCCGGGGCAAGGAAUACGGUGAGGAGCAGAGGCGGUCGGGGGGACCAAGGCCACCUCGGCUGGGGUUCAGAGUGGCCGGGGACAGGAGGUGACCUGGGUCCUGGCCCCACAGUGGUCACCAGGCACCAGUACCAGACGGAGCCGCCAUGGCGGGGGUCUGACUACGUGCCGCUCCUGUCGGCGCCCCAGCGCCCGCGCUACACCACGCAGAACCACAGGCAGUGGGACCUGGAACCGUACUGCCCCUCCACCAACCAGCGGCCCCCACCCGUGUACACACCCAUCCGCUGAUAAAGUUCAUGCUGCCCGACGCCA